AUGUUUAGUUGGUUUUUCCGCAAGAGCAGCCCUGUUGAGGUUCAUACUUCAUACAUAGAUACACAUACAUGGGUAGCCGAGUUGAACGGUGGAGACCAACUUCAAACUAUUAAAGAACUCUUUGCAGUGACUUUUGACGCGGACAACUUUGUAGUGAUUGACGACACCACCUCCGUCACCGCGACACUAAUAGGAGAGGAGAAGUACCAGUGCACCCUCACAUUUGGGUACAACGGUGAUAACAAGAGAAUUGCAGUCAUAGCGUAUAACGACGACGAAGACGAGUCGAUAGUCAAACCAACGAUCAACGCCUUUUCUGUCGAGUUGGAGAGUUACUCAUUACUCUCGGACCAACCAAUUAAAGAACAAAAGCCAAUUGAAAACUCGAUGAUCCCAAUGAAGGAAGUCGUCGAGGACAAAGAUAUCAUCAACGACGAGGAGAAUCUGAGUUUCUCGGGAAUGCUUCGCGAGAACGUCGAUAUCAAAAAGAUGCUUGCCAAAGUCGUCAAGUACGGGAAGGAGAAGGCAAUGCUUGAGGUCAAGACAGAAGCGGGGAAACUCUGCUUUGUUGAGAAAGGAAAUGAAACGUUUAAAAUAGUGAUACAGAUCGGGAGAAAUAGUGAGAAGCAAAGAGUCAUGAGUUUGACUGCGAACGAGAAACGACCAUAUUGGAAAGAACUGGUCGAGGGAAUUAUUACCAUCUUAAUGAAAGGAAGAUGUUUCAACUCAUAUGCGUUGAAUGCAGCACUUCGAAAAACACUGAAGAGUACUUCUAAAGUCGUGAAAAACAAUACCAUUGUGGAGGAGAAUAAGGAAGUGGCACUCGAUUUAGAAAAGACAAAUACUGGCGAAGGGAAAGAGACAAAGGAAGACAAAAAGACUGAAGAAAUGAAAGAAGAAAAGAAGGACGUUGCCAUCGAAGUGGGUACUCUCUAA